AUGACAAAGACGUAUACGGACUUAGUUGUAGAACUUGACAAGAAAGAAAUACUUACUUUAAAUAAAAUAUUAUCUGUGGCUAAAAGAGACCUCAAUUUUCAAAGACAAAAAACAUAUUUAAGAAAAGUGUUAGUAGACAAAUUAGGCUACAAAUUCAAAAAAUGUAAAGAUAAAAGACAUUUUCUUACUCAAAAACCAGAUAUUCGAGCUUGGCGGGCAAGGUACCUACGACGUCUAAAGGAAAAUGAUGACUUGGGUGCGAGGAAAAAACCAGUCAUUUAUGUAGAUGAGACGUGCAUACAUUCCCACUAUACAGUGAGCAAAUGCUGGCAAAAUAACACUGAUGCGUCUGUAAAAAAAAAUCAUAAUCCCGACCAAAGAUGGAUUAUUGUUCACGGCGGUGGAGAGAACGGAUUCGUGAAUGGGGCUGAGCUCAUAUACAAAUGCAAAAGCAACUCGGGAGAUUACCAUCAUGAGAUGAAUACCGCAAACUUUAAAAAGUGGGUUCUUGAAAAGUUAAUUCCGAAUUGGCCACUUAACAGUAUCGUGGUACUAGAUAAUGCACCUUACCACUCAACUCAAAUAGAAAAACCACCCACAAGUGUGGCAACGAAGGAGACGUCAAUGGUUAUUAGACCACAAUAA